AUGAACAAUUUACAGACCAAUCCAUUUGCCAACAUUGGAACUCCAAGUUUCAGCCUUUCUCAGGUACCACAACAUAUUUUACAGAAUUUAACGCCUGUUCAGUUGCAAAUGAUUCAACAAAAGCAUCAACAACUUUUAAUGGAACGCCAGGCACUGAUGCAGCAACAGCAACAUCAGCAGCAAGACCUGGACAGCCAAAAAAAUCAAGAGAAUCAUAUGAGGCAUCAACAAAUGCAACAACUUCAGCAGCAGCAGCUUCAACAACAACAACAACAACUUCAGCAACAACAACAACUUCAGCAACAACAACAACAACAACAACAACAACAACAACAACAACAACAACUACAGCAGCAGCAACAACAUCAUUCAAAACAGUCUCCACCCCAGCAAUCUUCAACGACCAUGGCACCAAAUAAUAUGCCUUCACAACAGCUGAACCUCGCGCAAAGAGCACAGCUUCUAAAGGCCAAACAACAACAACUGGGUACUCCUCAACAACAAUUGAAUGCUACACAGACACCACCACUUAACUUGCCACCGCAAAUCGCGCAGCUGCCUCCACAUGUACAGCAACGGGUGCUCGCCAACCUUAAGCAGCAAGCCAUCGCCAAAAAUAAUCCGGCCGCGGUGGCGGCAAUCACCGCAGCUCAGCAACAACUGGCGUCACAAGUUCCUAUUCAGCAAAGUGCCGUAUCACAUAAUAGCCCAAACUCACCUCAGACCGUGACACAUCCUUCUAAUUCACGGCUACCGACACCCUCAGCGGCUCCGGUUCCACAGAUUCCGCUACCAAAAUAUCAAAUCAUUUAUGAUGACCCUCCCGAACAGCGUAUGAACUUACUUACUCACUGGUCUGAUCUGGUCAGAACCGGUGAAACCACACUCCAAGAACCGGAUUCUAAUCUAUUAUUAUAUGAGCAGAUUCUUAGAAGGGACCGUGAAAAUUCCGAACAGCUUGCCAAGGAGCGCAAUGGGUAUGAGCCUUUUAGCAAGUAUGGUUUUAGUCACAAAGAGUACCUCAUGAGGCUUCUUCAGGAUCUUAACUAUAUUAAAGACUUGAAAGCGGCAAGAAUGAAGUCAAUCACUAAUACUACUCAAGGUGUGGUUUCGAAAAGUAUCUGGGGAGAUGGGUAUUCUGGGUACGGCAAUGGUUUCAGCAACACAGUGACUAACGUGUCGACAGGCCUGGUGGGGCCUGACGGGCAAACGAAAAUGACUUUUGACAUGAAAGAAAUUUAUCAACAGGCAAUGACGGAAACGCAAGAAGAGCUGGUACCGGUACGGCUAGAAUUUGAUGCAGAACGUGAUAGCUUUUCGUUAAGAGACGUUUUCGUGUGGAAUAAAAAUGAAAGUAUUGUCAAAAUUGAGGAAAUGGUCAACGAAAUGCUGCGAGACUACAGGUUCACUCACAACGAACAGUUUUCUGAAACCGUCAUUCAAAGUAUCAAAGAACAAAUCAACGAAUUUCAAUCGGAUCCAUUCGAUGACAACGAUCGGGAUCAAUGCGGAGGUGAUGACCUUCGUAUUAGAAUUCAGCUAGACAUCGUGGUCGGCCAAAAUCAGCUCAUAGAUGCUUUUGAAUGGGACAUUUCGAAUCCAGACAACAGCCCUGAGGAGUUUGCCGAGAUGUUGAGCCAAGAACUCGAGCUGCCCGGGGAGUUCACGACGGCAAUUGCACAUUCUAUUCGGGAACAGGUGCACACGUACCACAAGUCUCUCGUACUCACAGGAUAUCAAUUCGACGGCAACGCUGUGGAAGAUGAGGAUAUUAGAAGUCGGCUUUUGCCAUUAAUUACCCUCGAUGAGGUUUUCAGAGGUUCCACGGAGUCCAAAGUCUACACGCCUAGUUUGUUGAAGGUCUCGUAUACCGAGCUUGAGCGAUUAGACAGAGACAAGGACAGAGACACUCGUCGCAAGAGAAGACAAGGCCGUUUCAACAGACGUGGUGCUGGACCCAGCUCUGGUGUGGCCCAAAGUGAGAAUGCUCUUCCAGAUCUUUCAGAUAUUCCAAAAACAUUUCGUAUUCCCAUUCCUUCAACAACACUACCCGGCGGAGUGGAUUUGGGCCCAUCUGUUCAUUCCUACUCUUUGGAGACUACCACCGAGUAUCAACCACUACCGCAGGCGCCACAGCCCGUCCUGCCGUCAGGUUCUGGUUGUCGUAUAAUUGACAAUAACCCCGGCCAAUAUCUACUAAUAGGCAUAAAAUUACCAGGAUCAUUAGGGAGCGGGAGAGUUCAAAGUUUGAACACUCUUGUCUAG